GGGGGGGCUGACGCAGGAGGAUUGCUUGAGCUCGAAGGUAGCAGUGAGCCAAGAUUGUGCCACUGGACUCCAGUUUGGGCGAAGAGCGAGGCUCUGUUUCAAGAAAAAAAAUUUAAAAAAAGAUCCAAUGGGAAAUUGAAGUGCAGGCAGCACCCCAGCUUGUGUCCCUAAUCCAGAGACACUUCCCUGGCAUCGGUGCUAGGCCUGGGUCCUCAGUUCCCUUGAAACUGUGGGAGAGUGUGUGUGGGCAUUGUCUCUGGGGAGGGGAUGGAACCCCAGACUGUGUCUUCCUAGGAUGGUGCCUGGCACAUGACCUGGUUUCGCACACAGUUGGUGCCUCAUAAAAGCAUGUGAAUCACAGAGGCGGAUGAGGCCAGCGCACAGGGAGGGGCAAGACCAAGCCCUGGCGUCGUGGCGUGCACCGUGCCCCAGGGGGUAUUUGAACGUGGGAGUCUCUCUGCCCCCACCCGGGCCCUGAGCAUGGGGACAGCGAGGACAGAUUCCUUCUCCUCCCGUGUCUGCAAGUGCCUGGCACGGCUGCUCUCCAGGGCUUACAGGACAGAGGCGGAGUCCCUGAGUCUGUACACACUCUGCCACCAUGGCCCCGCCCACCUCUGGGGCCCGCAGGUGCCCAGCCCAGGCCCCUUGCUUUUGGCCAGACUCCUGCCAUACGGGGACCCCCAUGAUAGCCAUUCAGGAGAUGGGGGGCCCAGAGGCCGGGGAUUGACUCCAGGCCAUGACCGGAAGUGCCCUGCGGCCCCUGUUCCCACUCCCCAGGGAGAUCGGAGGGUCACAUGCUGUUAUGAGGAAGAGGACACCGGGUUGGCCCUGGCCCAGGGUGGGCAGCUCUGGUUUCACUACUUGGCUCUGAGCCCCUGAGGCAGGUGUGGGCACCAGGCACGGUGAGCAGGGCCCAGUGCCCCUCAGGCUCUGGGGAAGGGGUGCAGCUAGGCAGCCCAGAGCAGGGAGGUGCUGGGGACAGGUGUGACCACUUCCAGUCUCUCCCAGCCUGCUGGCCUUCAUCCUCUCCCAGAUUCCAAGGGUCACCGCUGGGAGCAUGGGGUGGACAGCGUCCCACCAGCCUCCUGGAUCCACAUCCGUAAAGACUCCAAAGAGAAGUGAGGCUGGCUUCACUCCAGCUCACAGCAGAGGAAGGGGCAGCCUCAGGACCCAGCGACUUGCUCAGUGCACAGGAGUGUGCUGGGGCCAGGCCAGACUGGGGCCUCUGACCCUGACCCUUGCCUGCAGGGCUGCACGGCCACUGUGUUCCACCCUCCAGUGUGGGCAGCAGUCCAGUGCGCGUCAUUCUGGGGCCUGAGCAGCGUGGCCAGAGGCUGGCCUGGGGUGGGGAUGACCUGGCUGUAGGUUGUGGGUGGGGUCCUUGCUGUGCUCCUGGCAGCAGGAAUCAGAGAAGCAGUAACUGGAUCCGGCUGAGGGCCUGGCGGCCACCGAGGGUACACGCGGCGAUCGGGUUGCGGCCAAGCUGUGAGCGUUCCACCGGGCAGCUUCUACAUCGGGAAGGGCUGGCCCGGGCUGGGAGCCCACACGGGGUUGGAGGAGGUGGGCAGGAAUAAGAGAGGCCAAAAGGUGCAGGGCCAUGAAGAGGGGCGCUGGGCCUACGCGGUGAGGAAACGGGUCAACCCUGCCCUCCAGCCCUGCGGGCCCUCAGGUUCUGGACUCUGUGCAAUCCAGGAGUGGCUGAAAUCCAAGCUCAGAGUAAUGAAAAGUACGGCUCCUAAGCUGCACGUCUCUGAUCCGCUCUCCCCGCCCGCCCUCUGCUGCCCUCGGGCCCUCUAAGAGCUUCCCAGGCUGCUGCUGCAGGUCAGAGGCGGGUCAGAGCACGCAGGGGGUCCAUGACGCCGGCUGGGUCUGGGGGCCGUGGGCCAGCUGAGCGGACCCGGGGUUCUGGGGGACCGCGGGGGCCGUGAGCACUCAGAGGGAGCGUCCCAGGCCCCUCUGGGGACCCGGCCAGCCUGAAGAUGCCGACCAACGGCCUGCACCAGGUGCUGAAGAUCCAGUUUGGCCUUGUCAACGACACUGACCGCUACUUGACAGCCGAGAGCUUCGGCUUCAAGGUCAAUGCCUCGGCGCCCAGCCUCAAGAGGAAGCAGACCUGGGUGCUGGAGCCCGACCCUGGACAAGGGUCGGCUGUGCUGCUCCGCAGCAGCCACCUGGGCCGCUACCUGUCAGCAGAAGAGGACGGGCGCGUGGCCUGCCAGGCAGAGCAGCCGGGCCGUGACUGCCGCUUCCUGGUCCUGCCACAGCCAGAUGGGCGCUGGGCGCUGCAGUCAGAGCCGCAUGGCCGCUUCUUCGGAGGCACCGAGGACCAGCUGUCCUGCUUUGCCACAGCCAUCUCCCCGGCCGAGCUGUGGACCGUGCACCUGGCCAUCCACCCGCAGGCCCACCUGCUGAGCGUGAGCCGACGGCGCUACGUGCACCUGUGCCCGCGGGAGGACGAGAUGGCUGCGGACGGUGACAAGCCCUGGGGCGUGGACGCCCUCCUCACGCUCAUCUUCCGGAGCCGACGGUACUGCCUCAAGUCCUGUGACAGCCGCUACCUGCGCAGCGACGGCCGCCUGGUCUGGGAGCCGGAGCCCCGGGCCUGCUACACACUGGAGUUCAAGGCGGGCAAGCUGGCCUUCAAGGACUGCGAUGGCCGCUACCUGGCCCCCGUGGGGCCUGCUGGCACCCUCAAGGCCGGCCGAAACACGCGGCCCGGCAAGGACGAGCUCUUCGACCUGGAGGAGAGUCACCCUCAGGUGGUGCUAGUGGCUGCCAACCACCGCUACGUCUCUGUGCGGCAAGGGGUCAACGUCUCAGCCAAUCAGGAUGAUGAACUAGACCAUGAGACCUUCCUGAUGCAAAUUGACCAGGAGACAAAGAAGUGCACCUUCUAUUCCAGCACUGGGGGCUACUGGACCCUGGUCACCCAUGGGGGCAUUCAGGCCACAGCCACACAAGUUUCCGCCAACACCAUGUUUGAGAUGGAGUGGCGCGGCCGGCGGGUGGCACUCAAAGCCAGCAAUGGGCGCUACGUGUGCAUGAAGAAGAAUGGGCAGUUGGCGGCCAUCAGCGAUUUUGUGGGCCCAGACGAGGAGUUCACCCUCAAGCUCAUCAACCGGCCGAUCCUGGUGCUGCGCAGCCUGGACGGCUUCGUCUGCCACCGCCGCGGCUCCAACCAGCUGGACACCAACCGCUCCGUCUACGACGUCUUCCACCUGCGCUUCAGCGACGGCGCCUACCAGAUCCGAGGCCGCGGCGGCGGAUUCUGGUACACGGGCAGCCACGGCAGCGUGUGCAGCGACGGCGAACGCCCCGAGGACUUCGUCUUCGAGUUCCGCGAACGCGGCCGCCUGGCCAUCCGCGCCCGGAGCGGCAAGUACCUGCGCGGCGGCGCCUCGGGCCUGCUGCGCGCCGACGCCGACGCACCGGCCGGGACCGCGCUUUGGGAGUACUGAGGCCGCGCCCGGACCAGCCCCUCGCGCAUCAAACCGUGUCUGUCCCGCA